AAACCAGUGAAGAUCUAAGAAAUGAUCGUCACUCUGAUCUAACCGAUAUCACCAAUGUUGAAGGUGACCAUGAAAAAGCACAUGGAUUACCCACCCCAGAAGAAGACCUUCCUGAUGGUGGUUACGGGUGGUUUAUUAUUCUCGGUGCGUUCAUGGUGCAAGUGACGAGCUUUGGUACCGCAACCAGCUGGGGUAAGUCUAUAUUCUUGAUCUCGAACUCGAUCUCGGUUUCCCGGGACAGUUACUGACAUUUCGUCUCGCAGGUGUCAUGCAAGAUUACUUUGAGCAAAACAAGUUCCCCAAUUCCGCAUUGGAGCUUAGUUUUGUCGGAACACUCGCUCUUGUGUUCACCAAUUUAAUGGGUCCAUUUACUCAAAUCCUGACUUCGAUGUUUGGCUCCCGUAUUGUGCUAAUGACGGGUACCGUGUUGGUUACGCUUGCAUUAAUCGUAGCAGGGUUCAGCUCCCAAAUUUGGCACUUGUAUCUAACCCAAGGCAUUAUGUUUGGCAUCGGUGCGUCGAUGAUGUAUGUGACCAUCAUGGGAGUGGCUCCGCAAUGGUUCACUCGCCGCCGAGGUCUCGCGCUUGGUAUGGUGGCCAGUGGCUCCGGUAUCGGGGGUUUGGUGAUUCCCUUUAUUAUGACCCCUAUCAACAGUAGCCUUGGAUAUGCAUGGACCUACCGAAUUCUUGGUUUCAUCUGUCUUGCAUGUGAUCUGGUUGCUGUGGUUCUCGUCAAGGAAAAGUUCCCUCGCAAGAAGGGCCGCAAGAAAUUGAGCGAUAUUGUGCAGCUCAACGUAUUGCGCAAUUUCAACUUUAUUCUAUGGUGUGUUGGCUCGGUCAUCAUGUUGCUAGGCUAUUUUGUGCCAUAUUUCUUUUUGCCAUCUUAUGCUACUUUCCAUGGACUGUCGGCGUCUCAAGGAUCAGCAUUGGUUGCUGUUAGUUCAGCCAUGAACUUUAUUGGACGUGUUCUGGCGGGUAUCUGCGCAGAUCAUAUUGGCAAACUCAAUACCAACAUUAUCUUUACAAUCAUUGGCGGUCUCAGUUCAUUGUUGAUUUGGACCUUUGCUACCAACUAUGGUUCACUCAUGGCAUAUUCCGUUGUUUUUGGUCUCUUCUGUGGUUCUUACUUUGCCCUUCUUUCUCCUGUUACUGCGUUCAUUCUCGGCAUGGAAAAAUUCCCCUCUGGUCUGUCAGUGCUCCUCUUGUUCAACGUGAUAGCGGUUUUCGGACCCAAUAUCGCCAGUGCUAUCGAAAAUGGUGUCUCGGCCGAACCAUUUUUAUCUUAUAAGCUCUUUUCCGGAGUCGCAUACCUUGUCGGUGCAUGUAUUCUUACAUUUCUCAAGCUUCGUCUCAACCGCAACAUUUUUGCAAAGAUCUAGUUAAAAUAUCUCUAUCACUCUUACUGUAUCAUUAUUUGUAUCAUGGCUUAUAUUCACUGGUGAAACAAAUUUGAAUCAGAAUAAUGGAUGGAGGAACAAUAUAGACUCUUUAUAUCACUUUA